CACACCUAGUCAUUUUUGCCGGCAGCAAGUCACUCGCGCUCCCUCGUCAAGAUCACAGUUCUUUCUCGUGCGCACCCACUUUCGAGUCCCACAAGUUUGGGACCUAAAGAAAGCGACGAAAAGUAGGCAGCGACGAAAGCAAACACGGCUCGAUUUCCCACAACGCGAUUAAAAAAACCACGUCACUGGCGAUUUGAUCUGAAACUUAAAAUCUGAAAUGGAGCACUCGAAUCCCUUUUCAGAAUUUCUGUUCUCCAAAAUGGGCGAUCCUUCGGCGGCGGCGGCCAGCUGCAGCAAACUCAGACAGAUCAAGCGCUGGCUCAGGAAGAACCUGCUGCUCCUGGUCACCGUCUCAGGAGUCUUCUUCGGAGUUGUACUCGGAGUUGGACUCCGGCCGUUGCAUUUAACUCCUGACACCAUCCUGCUGGUGUCCUACCCUGGAGAACUCUUCAUGAGACUGCUGAAACUGAUGAUCCUGCCCCUAGUUAUAGCCAGCUUGAUCGCAGGAGCGGCGAGUCUGAACGCCAAAAUGAACGGUCGCCUCGCCAUUCGCACAAUGGUAUACUUUUUGCUUACGUCGCUUUUCAAUGCCGCCCUCGGCGUCGCCCUCGCCGUCAUCAUGCACCCCGGCGACCCUGAAACCAAGAAGUUACUGGGAGCAGGCACCGAACAACGAGAAGUGAACAUCCUAGAUGGAUUCCUCGAUCUUGGAAGAAACAUUUUCCCUGACAACCUGUUUCAAGCCGCAUUUCAACAGGCGCACACCGUCUACAUCCCACGCAAAGUUUAUGUCCGCAACGGCACUGAGAAUGACACUUUGAUUGCGUCAGCCGAUAUCGAUGUUUUGAAAGCCAGCAUCAAUAUGGUGCGGGACGUCCAAUACAGAGAAGGAACCAACACCCUCGGAAUAAUUUUCUUCUGCCUCGUUUUCGGAACCGUUCUUGGUACCCUGGGGCGAAAAGCCAGAGUGGUCGUAGAGUUCUUCUCAGCCGUUGACGAGGUCAUCAUGAAAAUGGUCACAGGAGUUAUGUGGUUGACUCCGAUCGGCGUGAGCAGCGUGAUUGCGGGGAAAAUCCUGUGUGUGGAAAACCUGGGCCUGGUGACUGUUCAAUUGGGCUGGUUCAUCUUCACGGUGGUUCUGGGCGUGCUGCUGUACCAACUUGUGUUUAUGCAGCUCAUCUACCUGGCCAUUGUGAAGCGCAACCCAUUCAAGUUCUACUGCGGCCUCGUUCAGGCCACCCUGACGGCUUUUGCCACCGCUUCAACGGCCGCGGCUCUUCCCGUCACCUUCAGAUGCAUGGACCAGAAAGUGAAAGUGGACUCGAGGGUGUCUCGGUUUGUGUUGCCCAUUGGCGCCACUGUGAAUAUGGACGGCACGGCUCUCUUCGUCAGCAUCGCCUCUGUCUUCAUAGCCCAGAUCAAUGAGAUUCCGCUGAGCAUGGGGGAAUAUGUCACCAUUGCUCUCACUUCCACGGCGGCUAGCAUAGCGUCAGCCAGCGUCCCAAGCGCUGCGUUGGUGCUCAUGUUGAUUGUGCUGACUGCCAUCGAUGCGCCCGUCCAAGACGUCUCUCUGCUUUUCGCCGUCGACUGGUUUGUCGAUCGCGUCCGCACAACUAACAACAUGCUUGGCGACUGCUAUGCUGCCGCUGUGGUCGAGCACUUGUCCAAGGCAGAACUGAAAGCCUCACCCUCCCACGGAUCGAUUGUCCGCAACCUGACAGACAGAGAUGAUCACGCUGCUGCCUCCGGCAAUGGGCACCUGGGCAAUGGUCACAUUCUUCCCAUUUCGCGGAAUGACCUGAAAGGGAGCGAAUCCUAUGAGACUGCGGCCAUGCUGGAAGUGAAGAUCCAAGAGCCAGCCGUGCAUAAGAAAUAGAUAGACUGACAAGUACCUGAUCGCGAGAGUGAUAAAAUUCAAUUGUUGGAUUUUUAUUAUAAUUAUACCAUUUAUUGUUCACUUUUGCAGGAAAACAGUGAUUAUAAUUUGUUGAUUUUUGCAAGUAGAGCGCACUAGUAGAAAUUUCAAGCGACAAAUUUGAGCCUCUCUUUUUUGAUAAAAAUAGGAGUUUUGUCAGUUUUAAUUUUUUAUAUCUUCAAAAUUACAAGUUCUAAUUCUCCUAAAAGUCAACUUAAUUGAAAAAAAAUAUUUUCGAUGGAAUUUAAAAAAAAAAUAGACCUUCAAUUAUACUCAUUUGUAUCAUAUAAAUAUAACACCUAAAAUUAAAAAAUUAAAAUAAAUCAAAAUUAUAUAUACAUAAUGGAAAUGGAACUAAAUUUUCAGGAGGAUGUAGGAAAAAAAACACACACACACACACACAUUGUGGAUAAAAAAAAAAAUUCAAUUGGAGACUUAGGGUCCUCUGAUUAAAUUGAGAGCUUUAAAAUCAUUGAAUGCUUGGGAUAUAGAAGAGUAUAUUUGUCAAUAGCGGUGGAUUUAUAAAAUAUAUUUAUUAGAGUAAAUGGAAGUCGAGUGUUGCAUACGUUAUCAAUUAACUAUAUUUUUUUGAUGUGAAUAAAUAAAAUAGACGCGGGUAUCUGGUAUUUCCAACAAGCUCUUCAGUCACACUGCAUAUGUAGAGUUAGUUACUUUUUUGUGAAAAGAGCUGACUAUCUAAUGUUAUAUUAUAAUUUGUGAUGAAACAUGUCCAUGUUUGUAGGCAAUCACCCUAACAUGCCAGAAUCUGUACUGCUUUUCCUGUAGUUUUAAUUCUAGGUUCUCACCACGUGCAUUAGGACCAAUAAGUGUUUGAUCCCUUAAUUAGCAAAUAGCGCUAACUCGCCGAAGUUCAACGACAAUAUUUCUCAUAAAAGUUCCCACUCACCAUUUUCUAUAUAGUAUAAACAACUUUUCAAUUAUUUUAUGAAAAUAUUUUUCCGAAAUGUUUAAUUGUUUGUUGCUGCGCACUUUCAAUUUACUCUAAGCAUUAAUAGGUAAGUAUGAUGAUUACUGAUGAUUAUUUAUAGAAAAUAUCUUUUUUUUUUCAAAA